CAACAAUAUAAACUCAGUUUAGUUUUUCCCGUAUUUUCUAUGGGAGCACUGAAAUUGCCGUUCCUGAUGCGUAUAGAGAAGUGAAUAACGCCGAUUGAUUAAUAAUUUGUGCUUAUUUUGAAUCCAGGUUGAAUAACCAGCACACCCCCAGUUUCAUAGGUUCAAUGCUUUUAAAAAAUUGAAUUUUCAAUUGUUUAAGUUAGUAAAGCCCUUUGCAGCAUUCAACACCUUAAAUAUAUUAGUCAAUUCACUGUUUACAAAUGCCGGUAAUACAUAGGCUGUCGAAAAUAUUUCAACCAACUUUGGUUGUGCCAAAAAAUGCGAUAAUUAAGCAUCAAGAUGUUACAUCCAAAAGCCAACGGCUGAUGCUCGAGCAGGGACUAAUUCGGCAAGCCGGUAACGGUACGUUUUACAUCCUUCCAUUGCUGCAAAGGUCGCUUCAGAAAACGGUCACACUGGUAGACUAUCACAUGCAAAGGUACGCAGUAGCGGAGAAACUUACUCUACCCACACUAACGUCUGCUGAUCUUUGGCGCAAAAGUGGCCGCUUCGAAUCAGCAGGUCCAGAACUAAUGAAAACUACUGAUCGCCACGAGAAAGUCCAGAUUUUGGGACCAACUCACGAGGAAAGUAUCACUGCUCUGCUCGCAUCUAUUUCACCGAUAUCCUAUCGACAAUUUCCGCUGCGUUUGUAUCAGAUAACCACAAAAUUCAGGGACGAAAUGAAACCCCGCUUUGGGUUGAUGCGAGCAAAAGAGUUCUUAAUGAAAGAUUUGUAUACGUUUGACGUUGGUACUAAACAAGCGCAGGAAACCUACGAGGUUGUUGACGAAGCAUACCGGAAGUUUUUCGACACGUUGGGAGUGCCUUAUGUAAAGGUAAGUGGAGACUCAGGCCUUAUGGGUGGUUCUACUUCGCAUGAGUAUCAUUUUCUCAGCGAGGUCGGAGAAGAUCAACUAAUACACUGUAAUGCCUGCGGAAUAAGUUUCAAUCAAGAAAAACUAGACCCGAAUGGUCAAUGUGCAAACUGUCGAAGUGACAAAUUUACCCGACAAACAGGUAUUGAAAUUGCGCAUGCCUUUAUUCUAGAGGACAAAUACAGCAAAACUCUUGGGGCCAAGUUUUUGGAUCAAACUGGUAAACCGUCCGUGCUUCAAAUGGGAUGUUAUGGCAUUGGAAUCACCCGAUUGAUCGCUGCAAGUAUUGAAGUAUUAUCAAGCGCGCAAGACAUACGAUGGCCACUUGCGAUUGCUCCGUUUAAAGUUUGUCUGAUACCACCCAAGAAGGGCAGCAAAGAAGAGGCAGUGGCUGGACCGUGGCUAGAAAAUAUUCUAGAAGAAAUGAAUCGGUUACCUGCGCUACAAUCGGACGUAGUUGUUGAUGAUCGUACUAGUAUGACCAUCGGUAAACGACUAAUUGAUGCCCGGAAAACUGGUUUUCCGGUAAUUGUAGUUGUUAGUGGGAAGUCCGCCCAUCGUGGACACGAAUCGUUCGAGGUUUUCAAUACGCUGAAGGGGACGCAAGCGGAUUUAGAUUUCAAUGAAACUUUGGCAGAGGUUAAAAGGAUUUGUGAUUGUUGA